CUAAAAUAAAAUUUAGUCGCCACUCAUCAUCGUCGUGACCACCGACACUUCGGGCCGUCAUGGCCUCAAGGGAGCCUCCGCGCGCCUCUAAUACAAUGGCAAUCAACUCCCCGCACAUCACUCCAUACACUCGUGAGGUAUCUGUGUCCCCACGGUCAAGUUCCUCUCGUAAUGGAGUCCCAAAGUCACAUUUAUCCGAGUUUUUACGUCGCAAUGUCGUACAACGUGUGAUUUCCGCCGUGAUCUUAGCGCCAGCCGUGACGGUAUUUCUAUGGCUGUCACCAGCGUUUGCAACGACGACAGUAUGCAGCUUUUUGACCAGUACCUGCUCGUACGAGUACGCGUGCUUGGCCAACCGCAUUCGACUACGAAUCCUGACGAGGUUAGAGGCCAUGGAAGGCCCCAGUGAAGUAAGCAGGUGCUCUCAGUACAGCGAUACGCUAUAUCAUCAUACGCGGAGUCAUGCGAGUGAAAGUGAAGACGAGAGUCGAACACCGAGACGUAGUAUGGACUCCACAAGGAUACGGAGUACUGGACGUGAGUCGCAUGUGACUGCAAGGGAAUUGCAGGCGGAGAGGGAGAACAGAGAGAUCGCAGUUGUGGACUGCGAGUUACGAGACCAAGAAAACCGGUUAAACCGGUGUGCAGUCACUGAAUUAGCUGCCCGAUACUUUGACGGACAUGAAUGGAUCGCUGCAGUGUGGGUGGCACUCUUUAUAAGCGUCAUCAUUAGCGUCAUGCUGCUCUUAUCGAUACAGCGGAUACCGCAACUGCACCGAACGGAAUUCUACGGAUACCGAUGGAUGUUCGCCAUCGCUACCGGUUUUGUGGUCGGUAUUUCGGCGUGUUUUACGCCAGAUUGGCAGUACGGCGUCGUCAUGCUCAUCAAAUACGUGGUAUUUAUCUUCCUCACCCUACACUCCACUGUGUGCCCCAUGAACAAACCAGAUUGCGAUUUUCAAAUGGGUACAUCGCACGUGUUCCUCAUUGGCUUCCUCGCUGUCCUUGUGUUCCGCUUCGCUUCGUCACGUAGUAAUGCCGAAGCGUUCGUGACGUUUAUGUUGGAUGUGGUGGGGCUGGUGUAUAUUACUGGUAGUCUGUCCAUUCUCGUGUCUUUUGUGGACGACGAUAUUCGUAUUCUCUACCGGAAAUUACUGAUCGCGUUGCUGUACAUUGUGUGGGCUUCGGAUACUGGCGCGUAUCUAGUGGGUAAAACGCUCGCAUUCUUCAAUUACCCGUACUAUAACCCACUUGCAGCGCAUUUAUCUAAGAACAAGGACUACGAAGGCACAGUCGGUGCGAUUGUGUUUGGGAUUAUGGCGAUGAUUGCAGCGUCCGAUGUCUUGGAUUUACCGGGAUCGUUCGGUACGAAAGUGACGUAUACGGUUAUCGCAGUAAUAGCUGGAAGACUGGGAGAUUUAUUUGAGAGUUUGUUGAAACGCGCUGCGGGAGUUAAAGACUCGGGUAAGUUGAUCCCAGGACAUGGAGGCGCACUGGACCGUAUCGACGCAUUGAUGUUUGCCACGAUAGUAUUUUCUCGUUACUAUGCUUUACACACCUAAUACUACUACUAGUAGUACUUAAUUAAAGGAAUGGAAAAAUAUUUUCGAGUGA